GCUGCAGCGGCGGAGCCGGAGCCGGAGCGGGAGCCGGAGCGGCGGCCGCAUCGCAGCCCGCCGGGCCCGCCGCAGCCAUGGGCAACCGCGGUAUGGAGGACCUCAUCCCGCUGGUCAACCGGCUGCAGGACGCCUUCUCCGCCAUCGGCCAGAACGCCGACCUCGACCUGCCGCAGAUCGCCGUGGUGGGCGGCCAGAGCGCCGGCAAGAGCUCGGUGCUGGAGAAUUUCGUGGGCAGGGACUUCCUGCCCCGAGGAUCUGGUAUCGUCACCCGACGCCCCUUGGUCCUGCAGCUGGUCAAUGCGACCACAGAAUAUGCCGAGUUCCUACACUGCAAGGGGAAGAAAUUCACCGACUUCGAGGAGGUGCGCCUGGAGAUCGAGGCCGAGACCGACCGGGUCACCGGCACCAACAAGGGCAUCUCGCCGGUGCCCAUCAACCUCCGCGUCUACUCGCCGCACGUGCUGAACCUGACCCUGGUGGACCUGCCCGGAAUGACCAAGGUGCCGGUGGGGGACCAGCCUCCGGAUAUCGAGUUCCAGAUCCGUGACAUGCUCAUGCAGUUCGUCACCAAGGAGAACUGCCUCAUCCUGGCCGUGUCCCCCGCCAACUCCGACCUGGCCAACUCCGAUGCCCUCAAGGUCGCCAAGGAAGUGGACCCGCAGGGCCAGCGCACCAUUGGGGUCAUCACCAAGCUGGACCUGAUGGACGAGGGCACGGAUGCUCGUGACGUGCUGGAGAACAAGCUGCUGCCCCUGCGCAGGGGCUACAUCGGGGUGGUGAACCGGAGCCAGAAAGACAUUGACGGCAAGAAGGACAUCACAGCCGCCUUGGCGGCCGAGCGCAAGUUCUUCCUGUCCCACCCGGCCUACCGCCACCUGGCUGACCGCAUGGGCACCUACCUGCAGAAGGUCCUCAACCAGCAACUGACCAACCACAUCCGGGACACGCUGCCGGGGCUUCGGAACAAGCUGCAGAGCCAGCUGCUGUCCAUCGAGAAGGAGGUGGAGGAGUACAAGAACUUCCGCCCCGAUGACCCAGCGCGCAAGACCAAGGCCCUGCUGCAGAUGGUCCAGCAGUUUGCGGUGGACUUCGAGAAGCGCAUUGAGGGCUCUGGAGACCAGAUCGACACCUAUGAGCUGUCUGGGGGCGCCCGCAUCAAUCGAAUCUUCCAUGAGCUUCCCUUCGAGCUGGUCAAGAUGGAGUUCGAUGAGAAGGAGCUUCGGAGGGAGAUCAGUUACGCCAUCAAGAAUAUCCAUGGCAUUAGAACGGGGCUGUUUACCCCAGACAUGGCCUUUGAGACCAUUGUGAAAAAGCAGGUGAAGAAGAUCCGAGAACCGUGUCUCAAGUGUGUGGACAUGGUUAUCUCGGAGCUGAUCAGCACCGUUAGACAGUGCACCAAGAAGCUCCAGCAGUACCCGCGGCUGCGGGAGGAGAUGGAGCGCAUCGUGACCACCCACAUCCGGGAGCGCGAGGGGCGCACUAAGGAGCAGGUCAUGCUCCUCAUUGAUAUCGAGCUGGCUUACAUGAACACCAACCACGAGGACUUCAUAGGCUUUGCCAAUGCUCAGCAGAGGAGCAACCAGAUGAACAAGAAGAAGGCUUCAGGGAACCAGGAUGAGAUUCUGGUCAUCCGCAAGGGUUGGCUGACCAUCAACAAUAUCGGCAUCAUGAAGGGAGGCUCCAAGGAGUACUGGUUUGUGCUGACCGCCGAGAAUCUGUCCUGGUACAAGGAUGACGAGGAGAAAGAGAAGAAGUACAUGCUGUCCGUGGACAACCUGAAGCUGCGGGACGUGGAGAAGGGCUUCAUGUCCAGCAAGCACAUCUUCGCACUCUUCAACACGGAGCAGAGGAACGUCUAUAAGGACUACCGGCAGCUGGAACUGGCCUGCGAGACCCAGGAGGAGGUGGACAGCUGGAAAGCCUCCUUCCUGCGGGCUGGCGUGUACCCUGAGCGUGUUGGGGCCAGCGAGACGGAGGAGAACGGCUCAGACAGCUUCAUGCACUCCAUGGACCCGCAGCUGGAGCGGCAGGUGGAGACCAUCCGGAACCUGGUGGACUCCUACAUGGCCAUUGUCAACAAGACCGUGCGAGAUCUCAUGCCCAAGACCAUCAUGCAUCUCAUGAUCAACAACACCAAGGAGUUCAUCUUCUCGGAGCUGCUGGCCAACCUGUACUCGUGCGGGGACCAGAACACCCUGAUGGAGGAGUCGGCGGAGCAGGCGCAGCGGCGGGACGAGAUGCUGCGCAUGUACCACGCGCUCAAGGAGGCGCUGGGCAUCAUCGGCGACAUCAACACGACCACCGUCAGCACGCCCAUGCCCCCGCCGGUGGACGACUCCUGGCUGCAGGUGCAGAGCGUACCGGCCGGACGCAGGUCGCCCACGUCCAGCCCCACGCCGCAGCGCCGAGCCCCCGCCGUGCCCCCAGCCCGGCCCGGAUCGCGGGGCCCUGCUCCUGGGCCUCCGCCUGCUGGGUCCGCCCUGGGGGGGGCGCCCCCCGUGCCCUCCAGGCCGGGGGCUUCCCCUGACCCUUUCGGGCCUCCCCCCCAGGUGCCCUCGCGCCCCAACCGUGCCCCGCCCGGGGUCCCCAGAAUCACUCUCAGUGAGCCCUGAGGAGCGCCAGCCACGGAAGGGCCCCGCCUCGCCUACACGACCUGCAGCCCCCCG